GGAAGAGGACCUCUGUGACGUAUUUUGCUCUGCGACAGAAACUCUGUGUAUGUUGCGGUUUAAAGCUACUUUUCUAGAAGCAGCUGCUUACUAUGGAAUAUAAAUGACACUACAAGACUUACUGAUGACUCCGUGAUUAAUGAUGUUCAUACGCAAACAGAAAAGAGGCGGCUGGAGCAUGUUAAAGCCCCGUACAGUCACAUGGCAGUUUGGUGUCGUCGGCUAAACUUGGUGACUAUUUGUGCACAGUGCCUUUUUAUUCGCGUCUCUUGUUUAGCUCAGAUGAGCAUGUAAGAGUCAGCCGUGUUUUGGUGGUGUGGAGUUGUUCAUGUCCCGGUUGCAGAAAGUGGAGGAGAGCAGGCGGAGGGCGUGAGCUGUGUCCAGGCGGCUGUCGGUGUCCGGGAUGGAGACCUGGACCCCCAAUCCCCGAGCUAAGCCCUUCAUCCCCCGUCAACAGAGGAGUCUCUAUCUCACCUGGAAAUACAAAUUGACCAACAAGAGGACGAUUCGCCGGUUCUGUCAGGCCAGUGCCGUGUUGUUUCUGCUGAUAACCGUCAUAGUCAACAUUAAACUCAUCCUGGAUACAAGAAGAGUUGCCAGUGAAGAUGCAGCAGCCCAAGAAUAUGAGGAUGUUAUUCCUAACAUGGAGACAGCACGCAGGCCGGCUAAUGGACGCAAAGUCCUCGACAUUGAGGUGUACUCCAGCCGCUCCAAGGUCUACGUGGCAGUAGAUGGCACCACGGUGCUGGAAGAUGACAUGCGAGAACAAGGCAGAGGGAUCCAUGUGAUAGUUCUCAACCAAGCAACUGGUCAUGUGAUGGCCAAGAGGAUAUUUGACACCUACUCUCCCCAUGAGGAUGAAGCCAUGAUCCUGUUCCUCAAUAUGGUGACUCGUGGUCGAAUCCUCAUCUUUACCAUAAAGGAUGAGGGCACAUUCCACUUGAAAGAUGCUGCUAAGAACCUGCUCAAGAGUCUGGGCAGCCAGGUGUCCCUCAAUCUGAGCUGGAGAGACAUGUGGACUCUAGUGGUGAAGAAAGGAGGUCAGGUUUAUGGAGAGAAGCAUUCAAAGUCUCCAGCUCUGUCUACCUGGGGAGACCCAGUGCUGCUCAAGACUGAAGUGCAACUUACUGCCUCUGAAGAGGCAGAGUGCCACUGGGCAGACACGGAGCUGAACAGGAGGAGGAAACUCUUCUGCAGCAAGGUGGAAGGAUACGGCAGCAUCUGCAGCUGCAAAGAUCCGGCACCCGUAGAGUUUAAUCCUGACCCUCUCCCCAUCAAUAAUGUUUUCAAUGUCCCAGUGGCCGUUAUUGCAGGAAACAGACCUAACUAUCUCUACCGUAUGCUGAGGUCACUUCUUUCAGCCCAUGGUGUUAACCCACAGAUGAUCACAGUCUUCAUUGAUGGAUAUUAUGAGGAGCCAAUGGAUGUUGUUGACCUGUUUGGACUGAAGGGAGUUCAACACACACCUAUCAGCAUCAAGAAUGCCAGAGUGUCUCAGCACUACAAAGCGAGUCUGACAGCAACCUUCAAUCUUCACCCAGAUGCUAAUUAUGCCAUUGUACUAGAAGAAGAUCUUGAUAUAUCCAUUGACUUCUUCAGCUUUCUGAGUCAGACCAUCCACCUGCUGGAUGAGGAUGACAGCCUGUACUGUAUUUCAGCCUGGAACGACCAGGGCUAUGAGCACACAGCAGAGGACCCGGCCCUGCUCUACAGGGUGGAGAGUAUGCCCGGCCUGGGCUGGGUGCUGAAGAAAAGCCUCUACAAAGAUGAGCUGGAGCCAAAAUGGCCUACACCCGAAAAGCUGUGGGACUGGGACAUGUGGAUGCGAAUGCCAGAGCAGAGGAAAGGCCGAGAGUGUAUCAUCCCUGAUGUAUCCCGCUCCUACCACUUUGGUAUCAUCGGCCUCAACAUGAAUGGCUAUUUUCACGAGGUAUAUUUCAAAAAGCACAAGUUCAACACUGUUCCCAAUGUACAGCUGAAGAACGUGGGCAGCUUGAAGAAAGAUGCUUAUGAAGUUGAGAUCCAGAACCUGCUGAAAGAGGCAGAGGUGCUAGACCACACCAAAAACCCAUGUGAGGACUCAUUCCUACCUGACUCUGAGGGGAAGAUCUACAUCAUGUUCAUUAAGAUGGAGUCUGAAACAGACACAUCCACUUGGACUGAGCUUGCCAAGUGCUUGCACGUUUGGGAUCUAGAUGUUCGGGGAUACCACAGAGGUCUAUGGCGGCUCUUCAGAAAAAGGAACCAUGUGUUGGUUGUGGCUGUUCCGAUCUCCCCGUACUCUGUGAGGAAACCAGCGAAUGUCACUCCCAUUCAUUUAGAGCCUCCUCCUAAAGAAGAGGGAGCACCGGUGGAGCAGAUGUAGAUCUGAUGUUACACACACACACACACACACACACACACACACACACACACACACACACACACAAACAGAGACACACACACACACACAAACAGAGACUUCAACAAGCCCUGGCCUUAACACUACUACUUCUCUCCAUCAACGAACAUUAAUAAUCCAGCCUGGGGCCCAGAGCUACAGGUCUGUCUUGGGUACAAGAGGAUACCUGGGACACAGAGUCUAUUUUUUAUGUUGGAGGAAGAAUUAACACUACAAACAGCACUGGUGAGUCCGUCCAGCAGUGAUGGUAAAACUAGUUAUAGUUAAUUGUGAUCGUUCAACCACAACAGUGUACAGCUGCCAACAGCUGUGUCUUUUUGUGGAUCGAUCACUAAGCUACAUCUUUGACAGAACAGUACAACUGACAUAAACACACUGACCUGAAAGAAGGCAGUGCUCCUUAUAGUUUGGUAUUUUAACUACUGAGUGUUUGUCCAUUUUUGUACAUACAUUUUAACGAAUCUCUAUUUAUUUUACAUCUGUCAAAAGUUAGUGUUUUUUUCUAAAUAAGAAAAUCCACUUUGAUCAAGUUCAAUGCAUUUUUAAGAGUCUGACUUUUACAAUGAAAAAAUGUAAGUGUGUGUGUGUGUGUGUGUGUGUGUGUGUGUGUGUGUGUAAAAUCUAAAGGUUGGCAUUUUUCUCAGCAUUAGAUAUCGAGUGUAAAAGCCCCAUGGGUUUGUACCGUUAUUGACUGUAUAGAUCACUUGCCUCGGAUUAGUCUUGAUGAUGUAAUCCGAAAGGUGGCUGAGAGACAAAAACCUGAAAAGUCAUACUUUUAACAUGUGCUGCAUCUGAAACCAGAGAAAUUGCAAAUGCUGUGAUGUUAAUGUGUGCUCACCUACAAAAUGAUGCACAUUGAACAAAUCACUUUAAAUUCGGGCAGUUUUUUUGUUUGUUUGUUUUUUUUAAGUAAAUUAACCUUUUUCCAUGUAAUUAUCUGUUUCUGGCAUAGUUCACUACUGGCUUUUGCUCUGUCAGGGGAAAAAAAAGCACGUGGCCCUUCCAGUACCAACAAGUAAUAAUUGACACAGGAACUGAAAAUCAUAAUUAACAAUCAUUAGGAACGAAACCUUUUUGUUGUGUACCCCAAAAAAGGAGGAAAAUCCGUGUCUAGGAUCAGAUCUAAAUAUGCAAACGUGUGCUAAACAAACAGUUCAGGAUAUUUGUAUCCUAGCACAGCAUUUACGUGUGUACGCAUUUUUUUGUUGUUGUUGUUUUGUUUUGCUUUUUCCUGAAGCAGACGCACUUUUUUUCUGUGCUUGCUGCUGUUUUUGAUAUACAAGAGACAGCGGCAGCUGCAUAAGGUGCUGAACGUUCAGUUGCUUCUUUGUUUCCUGAUUGAACAGUGUUCAACUACUGAAGCUACUAAAACUGAGCUCAACACUGUUACUUUUCACACAGCCAUCCAGUCACGUAGGAGAAGGGCUCAGAUAACAAGAACACCUGGUAUAAACACUAAAGAACCGAGUCAAUUUCUCUGCUUGUACCAAAUGAAAUCCCCAAACUAGCACUUUAGUCAUAUAUUAAUUAGAUCAUUGUGGGUCAGACAUCACAGCAGGCAGGUACUUGCAACCAGCUACUUCCUGGAAGCAGCAUGUGUUAAAAAUGUAUUUUUUCCCCCUCCUAAUUUCUUAGUGUGCGUAUAAAUUUUGGUCUCUCUCAACCAUCCUGGAGGCCAGAGGCUCCACCACUUCCAUCCACUGAAGGUAGCAAUGUGAAAAGAGUACUAAAUCUUCGUUACAUAUAUUUAUCUGAGUUUCUAAUUGCAGUGUUCUUCAUUUUUAAGAGUAGUAAAUACGUGAGAAGAUUUAUUUGAUAAUCUCACUGGCCGCAUUCAAUGCCCUGAGAUGCAGCUGAGAGAGAGAGAGUGUGUGUGCGUGUGAGAGAGAGAGAGAGAGAGAGAGAGAGAGAUUUCUCUUGUAAAGCUUUUCUAACUGGUGGUCAAAUAGAAACCAACCCUUUAAGAAAAUGUUAUUAUUUAUGGUAAGACAUGCAAAAGCAAACAAAGUAUUAUCUGCUUAUGGAUACAUUUAUUUUUAAAGUCACACUAUAGAACUGUCUAAGCAUUUAUUCACUCUGUACUGGUCAUGUUAUCAUUUCAAACAACUGUUAUGGAUGUUUCAGGCAAUUAAAAAUGAAAAGAUAAUUGAAAUAUUUGUUCCACUUGAGGUCUAAAAACACUGACUUUUAAUCCAGAUGUUGAUAUUCUGCCAGAUGUUUUAAAAGAACGUGGAGUUUUCAACCAUGUUAACAGAGAGGUGUGAGCGUGAGGAAGAGAUACUGGACAUGUUCUUACCAGCUGAUGUAAGAACGCAUUAACCAAAUGAGUGUGAAUUUUAAUUCUGUUAGUAUUUGCAGUUAUUUGAUUGGAAGGUGUUUACCUGUCAGAAUGAACCACUGACGUUGGGGCUAAGUUUAAGUCCUAGUGUGUUUCUCUGGUUUCAGAUCUCUGCAAAUUGUCUUUUUUCCCCCUCUGGUUUGUUCUUUCAUUUCACUUUGUGGUGUUCCUGCUUUUCUGGGUUUCAAAGGUUAAAUUAAAUUGAAUCAUUGUUUCAAUAGCAAUACAGUUGAUUUAAUACUGUGGCAGGAUUCUGAAAAUACUGGAAAGCGCUUCGUAUGAGUGACAGAGGAGGAUUUGUGGACUUGAAUGCAGUUUGACAUGUAUGAGUUUCUUUUAUCUUGGAGAUGAAUAAAGAUUUUUUUUAAACUCA